AUGUCUGAAUCAAUUAUUGAAUCAUUUAAGAAAGCAGGCCAAGAACAUCUAUUAAAGUAUUUCGAGUCUUUAUCUAAAGAUGAACAGUCCUCAUUUGAAAGCCAAUUAUCGAAAAUUGCUGAUCCUUCAGAAUUGGUGUCUACAGUUCAAGAUGCCAUUAAAUUUUCUUCCUCCAACGUGUCAUCUAAAAACUAUACGCAAUUACCACAAGAAUGUUGUGCAUCUACUUUAGAAGCCGAGAAGGAUCUUAAAGAUCAAUGGUCAAACUUAGGCUUAAAGGCUAUUGCAAACAACGAGGUUGGUGUUCUUUUGAUGGCAGGAGGUCAAGGAACGAGGUUGGGUUCCUCAGACCCAAAAGGCUGUUACAACGUUAAUUUGCCUUCUGGGCGUUCAUUGUUUCAAAUUCAAGCAGAGAAGAUCUUGAAGGUCCAGUCAUUGGCUAAGGCCGAUUUCCCUGGUUCUAAUCCUACCUUAUAUUGGUAUAUUAUGACUAGUGGUCCAACCAGAUCACCAACAGAAAAAUUCUUUCAGCAGAAUAAUUGGUUUGGAUUGAAUAAGAGCCAAAUAUUAUUCUUCAACCAAGGAACUUUGCCAUGCUUUAAUUUGGACGGAUCAAAGAUAUUAUUGAACUCCAAAAAUGAGUACUGCGAAUCUCCAGAUGGAAAUGGAGGUCUCUACAAAGCUAUUGCAACAAAUGGUAUCUUGGAAGACUUUGAAAGGAAGGGAAUUAAGCAUAUUCAUAUGUAUUGUGUUGAUAAUUCACUUGUUAAGGUUGCUGACCCAACUUUCUUAGGUUUUGUAAUCGAUAGAAAAUUCGAGUUAGCUACAAAAGUUGUUAGAAAGAGAGACGCUAACGAAAGUGUUGGUCUAAUUGUUCUUGACAAGGAUAAUAAUAAGCCAUGCGUUAUUGAAUAUUCAGAAAUAUCUUCGGAAUUGGCUAAUAAGACUGAACCAAAUGAUUCACUGAAAUUAUUCUUGAGAGCUGCUAAUAUUGUAAAUCAUUAUUACUCUGUUGAUUUAUUGAAGAGAAUGAUCCCAAAAUGGAUUUCAUCUCAAGAAUUUUUGCCAUUUCAUAUUGCUAAGAAGAAAAUUCCUUCUUUAAACGAAAAUGGGGAGUUUGUCAAACCAACUGAACCAAACGGUAUUAAGUUAGAACAAUUCAUUUUUGAUGUUUUCCCAUCUGUCGAAUUAUCGAAAUUUGGUUGUUUAGAGGUCGAUAGGUCGAGCGAGUUCUCUCCAUUGAAAAAUGCCGAUGGAGCUAAAAAUGAUACACCAACCACUUGUAGAGAAGCAUACCUCAAGUUAGGAACUAAAUGGGUCAUUGAAAAUGGAGGUGUGGUUGAUGGCGGAUUAGUUGAAGUGAGCGGCUUAACUAGUUAUGAAGGGGAAGGAUUAGAAUUUGUUAAAGGCAAGCAUUAUAAAGAUGGUGAUGAAGUAUAG